AUCUCUCUCUCUCUCUCUCUCUCUCUCUAUGUAGUUUAUGGGAACAUCUAUAUAGGGCUAGGCUUCUUAUUGUUAAAAUUUGCAGCUAAAGACGAUUGUGAUCAUUAUAUUGAGAGUUACAUGAGCAUGGAGACGUUGGAUGAGAUGCUUGUGUCAAGCUGGUAUAAUGCUCGUUCCUCCGUGCCAUCAUCGUACAUACAGCCACCGGAAUGCCGACCGGGGAAUCUAGCUGCUGCUUCCAGCGAGGCAAUUCCGGUGAUAGAUCUUGGAGGACAUGAUCGAGCUGAUAUUGUGAGGCAUGUCUUGAAAGCUUCCGAGGAGUAUGGAUUUUUCCAGGUGGUGAACCAUGGAGUUUCGAAGGAUUUGAUGGAUGAGACUGUGAGCAUUUACAAGGAAUUUCAUGCGAUGUCUGGGAAGGAGAAGAUAGAGGAAUGCUCAAAGGACCCAAAUGGAAGCUGCAAGCUGUACACAAGCAGCCAGAAUCACAAGAGAGACGCAAUUCAGUAUUGGAAGGACUCGUUGACUCACCCGUGUCCUCCUUCUGGAGACUUCAUUCAGUAUUGGCCUCACAAACCAACUAAUUAUCGUGAGGUUGUUGGGAAAUACACAAGAGAACUGAGAAAACUGGGGUUGAAAAUUCUGGAGCUGCUUUGUGAAGGGUUAGGACUAAACCCUGGUUAUUUCAGUGGAGAUCUUUCUGAAAAUCCAAUGAUAUUGGUUCAUCACUAUCCUCCUUGCCCUGACCCAAGUUUAACCCUAGGCUUGGCAAAGCACAGAGACCCUACACUCAUAACCAUUCUGCUUCAAGAGGAACAUGUUCAAGGACUUCAAGUUGUCAAGGAUGGACAAUGGAUUGGAGUUGAACCUAUUCCUAAUGCCUUUGUGGUUAACAUAGGGCUCAUCUUACAGAUAAUCAGUAAUGGAAGGCUUAUUGGUGCUGAACACCGAGUAGUGACAAAUUCAAGCACUUCACGAACAAGUGUUUCCUAUUUCGUUUAUCCUUCAAAUGAAAGCAUUAUAGAGCCUGCAAAAGUUUUAGUCAAUGGAAGCUCCACACCAACUUACAGAUCCAUGACAUGUGCAGAGUUUCGAGGAAAUUUCUUCAGCAAAGGUCCCAAGGUUGAAGAUGAAUUGCACUCCUAAAUAAAUCUAAUUGACAAGCAAAAGAAACUGAAGCUGAAAGUCAAGUCGUUAUGACUUUUCAGACUAUAGAAACUGCUUCAUGUAAUUAUUAACUAAAAGUCUGUGCAACAUUCAAAUAAGCUAGAAAGUAAAAAUAAGAAUGAAGCGAUAUAGUAAUUAAGGUUUUUAUAAAUCUAUAAAAUGAUACAAUUAUGGCGACUUACAUAUGGUAUACGUAAUUGUUUUCUUUUAUAUCGAUGGGAAUGAGAGAAAUCUGUAAACAUGUAAUGCAAGUUGCUGUACUACUGUUUUCU